GCCUCGGACAACAUUUUCGGUAAGGAAAAAGUUGUUUCAAAUCACCUCCCAAACCACCCCUUUCAACGACUUCCAACAUUUUUGGGACACCCUAUAUAUGUAUACCUCCCCAUACUUUUAGCAAGAAUAUCUCUAUUACAAUAUACUCGUGGCAUGUCAAACGAAAUCAAUCCGAAACUUAUCAACGUACGAAAAAUCCUGUAAAGUCAUGUAAGGUAUAAUACUGAAAAUGCCAAAUGAGAUCAAAGUUUAUUUUAUUUUUCCGGAAGUGCAUAUCUUGCGUCUAUAUAGAAGAUAGUUGUUAGCUAUCCAAAGACGCAGCUUCAGAGUGUUCGAAACAACUGCUCCUUGAGAAUUUACUAUUCUUGAUUGAUAACCUGAUUAUCGAUAUUGAAAGAGUGCAACGAAUUGAUAGUGACCCAAAGGAAAUGGCCUCGGCUGCUAUAUCACCAACUGAAGACGACGAGUUGACCCUACCUCGUGCAUCGAUUAAUAAAAUGAUUAAGGAGAUUUUACCACACGUACGCGUGGCAAAUGAAUCUCGAGAGCUGAUAUUAAACUGUUGCACGGAAUUCAUCCAUUUACUUUCCUCUGAAGCAAACGAAAUUUGUAAUCAGCAGCAAAAAAAAACAAUAAAUGCUGAACAUGUUCUCCAAGCGCUCGAAAAGCUCGGAUUCGGAGAUUACAGUGCGGAGGCAGAAGCAGUUUUACGAGAUUGCAAGGCUGUCGCGGCGAAACGAAGACGUCAAAGUACUAGACUAGAAAACUUGGGAAUUCCAGAGGAAGAACUUUUAAGACAGCAACAAGAAUUAUUUGCAAAAGCAAGAGAAGAACAGGCUGUGGCCGAGCAACAGCAGUGGCAACAAUUGCAAGCAGUUGCGCAAAUGGCUUCGAUGCAACAGGCUGAUAGCGAGCAAGAGGAUUAUUCGUAAAUGUUUGACGAUCGAGUAUCAUUUUGUUACAGAAAUGAUUUUUUCAUUUCAGAAGAUUGAAAUCAGAACAAUGCUUUAAUUCUGUUUGAUUUAUUCGAUUUCAUAUACACUAUUAUUUAUGCUUGUACAUUAUUUCUAAAAUAGGAAAUUAUCGUUUUCCUAUUUUUAUUCCGUGAUGUGUCAUUGCACUAUAAAUCUAAUAAAAAUGACGAAAUACAAUUUUUCAUAUAAA